UGUUAUCACUUUGUUUAGGAUUCAAGACAAAACACAAAGUUGGACUUUCAGUUUGAGGCCCUAGUGGAUGGCAAGUGAAGCUUCCUUACUGUCAGAGAAUACUGCGGCAAGCUUUGGCUGAACCUCUAAAACCGUCCAAAGAUGGCGGAGAUUGUUGAGGAAUAUGAGGAGUAUGAGGAGGAGGAGGUGGAUGAGUCUGGCUUGCCCACCAGGAAAGUCAGGAAGAGGGUCAAGGUGGACACUUCCAAGUUCAUGACUCCUUACCUGGCUCAUAGCCAGAAGAUGCUGGACCAGUUCAGCCAUAACAAGUAUCGGCAAGCUUAUGACUUGUCCAGAGGGAAGCCUCCUGCAUUCAUCUCUGACACCCCUGAAAUGAUUCGUAUCAGGAAGGCCCAGGAGCAGCUGAGCGAGGUGAAGUACCGCAUGGAGGGAAACAAGGCUCGCAACCAAAGCUUGUACGAUGGUGAAGCCAAGGAUGUCGUCCACGUUCGUCGUGUAUCUGAGCUGAUGAGCAAGGUGCUGUACAGGCAGAAGUGGGAUGAGACUAAGGACAGGUACCUGCUGCCCCCUGAUGCUCCUGAGCUGGUCCAGGCUGUGAAGAAUGCUGCUAACUACAGCAAAAAACUUUACACCGAGGACUGGGAUGUGGAGAAGACCAUGUACUACCCGUACAGUGACAGCCCUGAGCUGCGCAGAGUGGCCAAGGCUCAGGAGGUCCUCAGUGAUAUCAAGUACAAGAAGGGUCAUCAUGAGCGCAAGGCCAAGUACACCUCCUUGGCUGAUCCUCCGGAGAUGCAGCUGGCCAAGCAAGUGGCCCAUCAGCGCAGUGAUCUCAAGUACAAGGAAGAUUACAAUAAGAACGUGAAGGGUCAGUGGUGCGAGACACCCUACUUCGACGUCGCCACUGCCAGGGUGGCAAUGGAGAACCUCAGCCAGAGGAGAUACACGCAAGCAUUUGAAGCGGAAAAAGACCAAAUUUAUUUCAUGCAAACAGACACGCCUGUUUACGACACGAACAAGAAGGCUCGCAUCGCUGCUAGUGAGGUCCAGUACAAGAAGCAAUACGAGAAGACGAAAGAUCAGUCUGACUACAACACGCUCCCCGCCACAGAUAAUCCCCUCCUCAGACAACUCAGAUACGCCGGCACUAUCCUCAGUGAUAAAGUAUACAAGGCUAGCUAUGAGAAAUCUCGGGGUUUCAGCAUCAACUACUGCGACACGCCCAAGUUCCAGAUGGACUCAGUGCUUAAAAAGUUCUCUGAUACGCAUUACAAAGAUAAGUAUGACAGUGAGGUGAAGGGUCACUACAUUGGCAGCUAUGAGGACCUCUACAUGCUUCACUGCCAGAAAAUGGAGGAAAUGAAGAACGAGCAAUUGUACAAAGCUGAAUACGAAGACAUAAAAACAAGAUGCUUCUUCCCUCAAACAAUGACGCCUGAAUAUGAAGCCACAAAGAAGCUUCAGCAGUGUAGCGAUAAAGUUUACCGGCACCAUCCUGACACUGUGAAAUUCACACAAGUGGUCGAUUCGCCCGUUUUGGUUCAAGCCGCCAUUAACGCCAAGCAGCUCAGUGAUUUGAACUACAAAGCCGAUUAUGAAGUAAUUAAGACCAAGAACAGCCUGCCCCCCGACUACCCCUUCUUCAUCCAGUCCAGAGUUAACGCUUUCAACCUCAGUGAUAACUGUUACAAGUAUGAUUGGGAGAAAAGCAAAGCGAAGAAGUUUGAGAUCAAGGGUGACACUAUCUCGAUCCUCGCCGCCCGUGCUCACACAAACAUCGCCAGUGAUGUUAAAUAUAAGAAGGAGUUUGAGAAGAACAAAGGCCAGAUGGUUGGAGCUCUCAGCAUCAAUGACGAUCCCAAGAUCUUGCACUCUGUUCACGUGGCCAAAAUCCAGAGUGAUCGUGAAUACAAGAAGGAUUAUGAAAAGAUUAAGACCAAGUACCAUGCUCCCCUGGAUAUGAUGUCAGUCUCCUUGGCAAAGAAGUCUCAGGCCAUUGCCAGCAUGGCCGGGUACAGGAAAAUCAGCCCCAACUUCUUCCUCCCUCCCGACAGCGUGCUGUUGGACUUGGCCAAGAAAAACAACAUCAUCCAGAGUGAUAAUGAGUACAAAGCUGACUACAACAGCUUCACCAAGGGUAGCCCAUGGAUCCCCUUUGGCUCCAUGGAAGUGGAAAAGAACAAGAAAGCUGCUGAGAUCCUCAGCGAGAGAAAAUACAGACAACAUCCUGACACCAUCCCCUUCACAGCUAUCGACAACCACCCAAUCCAACUUCAGGCCAAAGUGAACCAGCUUCAGAGGAGCGAUCGGUUCUACAAGAGAGGUCUGGAGGAGAUCCACCAGAAGUACUCUCUGCCUGCUGAUGUGCCUGAGCUCCUUCAGGCCAGGUGCAAUGCCUACAACGUCAGCAAAAAAUACUACAAGUCCGCCUGGGAGGAGUUGAUUGCUAAAGGUUACGACUUGAAGCCUGAUGCAAUCUCUGUUAAAGCCGCCAAAGCUGCCAGACAUGCUGCUAGUGAUGUGCAGUAUAAGAAGGCUUACAUGAAGGAAAGAGGCCACCAUGUUGGCUUCCGCAGCAUCAAGGAUGAUCCUCUGCUGGUUCACUACAUGGAGGUGGCUAAGAUGCAGAGUGAAAAGAACUACAAGAAGGACUACCAAAAAGCCAAGCUGAAGUAUCACACACCAGUAGACAUGAUGAGUGUGGUCCAUGCCAAGCACGCCUCUGCUGUUCAGACCUAUGCUGGCUACAAGCAGCAUGUCCCCAGAUACACUCUGCUGCCUGACGCCAUGAGUCUGCACCUCGCUCGCACAAUGAACUUCAACGCCAGUGAUGUCAACUACAAACAGGAGUAUGAGACAUCUGUGAAGGGGACUGGGUGGGUUCCCAUUGGUUCCAUUGAGGUGGAAAAGGCCAAGACAGCAGCAGCAGCCCUGAAUGAGACAAAGUACCGCCAGCACCCUGCCACACUGAAAUUUACAAGCACCACAGACUCCAUGAGCAUGGAACUGGCAAAGACCAACGCCAAGAUCAUGAACAUGAAAGAGUAUAAGGCCAGUGGAGAGAAGUUCAUGCACACUUACAACCUCCCCAAUGAUACCCCUGAACUGAUGCAAGCCAGGUACAAUGCUGUGAACAUCAGCAAGAAUUACUACACCUAUGCCCAUCGUCAAGAUCUGCUCAAAGGACAUCAUGUGAAGGAAGAUGCCAUCCCUAUUGUUGCAGCAAAGGCUUGCAGAGACAUUGCCAGUAAUUACAAGUACAAGCUGGCUUAUGAGAAAGCAAGAGGCCACCACGUUGGCUUCCGCAGCAUCAAGGAUGAUCCUCUGCUGGUUCACUACAUGGAAGUGGCUAAGUUGCAGAGUGACAAGAACUACAAGAAGGACUACCAAAAAGCCAAGCUGAAGUAUCACACACCAGUAGACAUGAUGAGCGUGGUCCACGCCAAGCAGGCCUCUGCUGUUCAGACCUUUGCUGGCUACAGGAAGAUCCCUCACAACUACCUCCUUCUCCCUGACAACCUGCACCUGCAGCAGUGUCGCAACAUGAUGGACAUUCAGAGUGAUAAUAUGUACAAAUCAGAUUACAACAACUUCUCCAGAGGCACCGGCUGGGUCCCCAUCGGUUCUAUUGAUGUUGAAAAGGCCAAAGCUGCAAAGUUUGCACUGGAUGAACAUGGCUACCGCCAGCACCCCAGUACAUUUAAGUUCACAAGCAAGACUGAUAGCAUGAACAUGGUUCUGGCUAUGGCUAACUCAAAAACAAUGGACAAGUCUGCAUACAAAGCUUCUGGUGAGAAGUUCAUGCACACCUACAACCUGCCAGCUGACAGCCCUGAGUUCCUUCAGGCUAAGUUCAAUGCUCAGACUAUGAGCAAGAGUCACUACAAGCAAAAGUGGCAGGAAACUAUUGCCAAGGGAUACGACAUGAAGCCUGAUGCCAUUUCCGUACUUCAUGCAAAGCACGGCAGACAUAUUGCUAGCAAUGUCCAAUACAAGCUGGCAUACGAGAAAGCCAGAGGCCAUCAUGUUGGCUUCCGCAGCAUCAAGGAUGAUCCUCUGCUGGUUCACUACAUGGAGGUGGCUAAGCUGCAGAGUGACAAGAACUACAAGAAGGACUACCAAAAAGCCAAGCUGAAGUAUCACACACCAGUGGACAUGAUGAGCGUGGUUCACGCCAAGCAGGCCUCUGCUGUUCAGACCUAUGCUGGAUACAGGCAGCAUAUCCCCAGAUACACUCUGCUGCCUGAUGCAGUGAACUUUGAACUGACCCGCAACAUGCAGUUCAUCGCUAGUGAUAACCAGUAUAAGAGUGAGUACAACAGCUUCGUCAGAGGAAUCGGAUGGGUCCCUAUCGGCUCAAUUGGAGUCGAGACCGCUAAACUUGGCGGUGAGAUUCAGAGUGAAAAGAAGUACCGCACUCAUCCAUCCAACUUUAAGUUCAAAAAGCUGAUGGACUCCAUGGACUUGACCCUGGCUACCGCCAACAACAAGAUCAUGAACAAGCAAGCAUACACUGCAGCUUGGGAUAAGGACAAGCUGACAGUCCAUGUCAUGCCUGAUUCUCCUGAGAUCGUCCUGGCUAAGGCUAAUGCUCUCACCAUGAGCAAGAAACUCUACAAAGCUGGUGUUGUUGAGAUGGCCAACAAGGGCUACAACCUCAAAGCAGAUGCUGUCUCAAUCCUUGCUGCAAAGUCUGGUACCAACAUUGCCAGUAAUUACAAGUACAAGCUGGCAUACGAGAAAGCCAGAGGCCACCAUGUUGGUUUCCGCAGCAUCAAGGAUGAUCCUCUGCUGGUUCACUACAUGGAGGUGGCUAAGCUGCAGAGUGACAAGAACUACAAGAAGGACUACCAAAAAGCAAAGCUGAAGUAUCACACACCAGUAGACAUGAUGAGCGUGGUCCACGCCAAGCAGGCCUCUGCUGUUCAAACCUAUGCUGGAUACAGGCAGCAUAUCCCCCGCUACACUUUGCUGCCUGAUGCAGUGAACUUUGAACUGACCCGUAACAUGCAGUUCAUCGCUAGUGAUAACCAGUAUAAGAGUGAGUACAACAGCUUCGUCAGAGGAAUCGGAUGGGUCCCUAUCGGCUCAAUUGGAGUCGAGACCGCUAAACUUGGCGGCAAGAUUCUGAGUGAUCACAAGUACCGCACUCAUCCAUCCAACUAUAAGUUCAAAAAGCUGAUGGACUCCAUGGACCUGACCCUGGCUACCGCCAACAACAAGAUCAUGAACAAGCAAGCAUACACUGCAGCUUGGGACAAGGACAAGCUGACAGUCCAUGUCAUGCCAGACUCUCCUGAGAUCGUCCUGGCUAAGGCUAAUGCUCUCACCAUGAGCAAUAAACUGUACAGAGCUGGUGUUGUGGAGAUGGCCAAUAAGGGACACCAUGUCAAAGGAGAUGCUAUCGCAAUCCUUGCUGCCAAGUCUGGUACCAACAUUGCUAGUAAUUACAAGUACAAGCUGGCAUACGAGAAAGCCAGAGGCCACCACGUUGGCUGCCGCAGCAUCAAGGAUGAUCCUCUGCUGGUUCACUACAUGGAGGUGGCUAAGCUGCAGAGUGACAAGAACUACAAGAAGGACUACAACAAAGCCAAACUGAAGUAUCACUCACCAGUGGACAUGUUGAGUGUGGUCCACGCCAAGCAGGCCUCUGCUGCUCAGACCAUGACCGGAUACAGGCAGCAAAACCCCCGCUACACUAUGCUGCCUGACGCAGUGAACUUUGAACUGACCCGCAACAUGCAGUUCAUCGCCAGUGAUAACCAGUAUAAGAGUGAGUACAACAACUUCUUCAAAGGAAUCGGAUGGGUCCCUAUUGGGUCGGUGGAUGUUGAGAAAGCAAAAACAGCUGGCCUGGCCCUCAGUGAAUCCCGUUACCGUCAACCUGUUACCAACUUCAAAUUCACCAAAGACAUGCACUCUAUGGAUCUGGUGCUGGCCUCAGCCAACAACCAGAUUAUGGAUAAGAGUUCAUACACCAAAGCUUGGGAGAAAGACAAAACAUCCAUCCACAUCAUGCCUGAUGCAAUGGAUAUUGUUCUUGCCAGAGGAAACAAGAAGAACAACAGUGUGAAAAUGUACAAAUUGGACAACGAGCUGUCCAAGAAGAAGGGGCAUAACUACCGCGGUGAUGCCAUUGGAGUCCUGGCUGCCAGAGCCUCAACUACUAUUGCCAGUGAUUACAAGUACAAAACCGGAUACCGCAAGCAGGUCGGUCAUCACAUCGGUGCUCGCUGCGUCCAGGACGACCCUCUGCUCAUGCUGGCUCUGAACUCAGCCAGGAUUGCCAGUGAUGCUCUGUACAAGAAGGACUUCAACCAGUCCAAGACUAAGUUCAACCUGCCUGUGGACAUGCUUUCCUUUGAGCUGGCAAAGAAGAACCAGAUCCAGGUCAAUGAUUUCCACUACAGAACUCAUCUGCACCAGUGGACCUGCCUGCCAGACUCCACUGAUGUGGUCCAGGCCAGACGUGCUUAUGACAUCCAGAGCGAUGCUGUGUACAAGGAGGAGCUGAAGUCGCUGCAGGGUAUUGGAUGGGUGCCUAUAGGCUCAAUAGAUGUUGAGAAGGUGAAGAAAGCCGGUGAGGCCUUAUGUGAGAAAACAUAUCGCCAGCACCCAAGCAACUUCAAAUUUAAGCUCACCACUGAGGACAUGCCCCUGGUGCUGGCUAAGGCCAACAAUCAAAUCAUGAACAAGAAAGCUUACACCGACGCCUGGGAGAAAGACAAGACCUCCAUUCACGUCAUGCCUGAUGCCAUCGACAUCCAACUGGCCAAAGCAAACAAAGUCAUCUACAGUUUGAAAUCGUACAAGCAGGCGAAUGAAGACGCCAAGAAGAAGGGAUACGACCUUCGUGGUGACGCCAUUUCCAUUCUUGCUGCAAGGGCUACCAGGGACAUUGCUAGCGACUACAAGUACAAGACCGGAUACCGCAAGCAGGUCGGUCAUCACAUCGGUGCUCGCUGCGUCCAGGACGACCCUCUGAUGAUGCUGGCUCUGAACUCAGCCAAGAUCGCCAGUGAUGCUCUGUACAAGAAGGACUUCAACCAGUCCAAGACUAAGUUCCACCUCCCCGUUGACAUGCUUUCCUUUGAGCUGGCAAAGAAGAACCAGAUUCAAGUCAACCACGCUAACUACAUCACCCGUCUCCACAACUGGACCUGCCUGCCAGACUCCACUGAUGUGGUCCAGGCCAGACGUGCUUAUGACAUUCAGAGUGAUAAUGUGUACAAGGAGGAUCUGAAGAUGAUGCAAGGUGUUGGAUGGGUGCCUAUAGGCUCAAUAGAUGUUGAGAAGGCGAAGAAAGCUGGUGAGGUCUUGAGUGAAAUAAAGUAUCGUCAACACCCAAGCCAAUUUAAAUUCAAGGGAACCACCGAGGACAUGCCCUUGGUGCUGGCUAAGGCCAACAAUCAAGUCAUGAACAAGAAAGCAUAUGUACAAGCCUGGGACAAUGAGAAGUCAAAUAUCCACAUCAUGCCAGAUGCCAUGGAUGUUCUUCUGGCCAAAGCAAACAAUGUCAACUACAGUCUGAAAAGGUACAAGCAGGCAAAUGAAGAUGCCAAGAAGAAGGGAUACGACCUUCGUGGUGACGCCAUUUCCAUUCUUGCUGCAAGAGCUACCAGGGACAUUGCUAGUGAUUACAAGUACAAGACCGGAUACCGCAAGCAGGUCGGCCACCACAUCGGCGCUCGCUGCGUCGCGGACGACCCUCUGAUGGUGCUGGCUCUGAACUCAGCCAAGAUUGCCAGUGAUGCUCUGUACAAGAAGGACUUCAACAAGUCCAAGACCAGGUUCCACCUUCCAGUGGACAUGCUGAGUCUUGAGUUGGCUAAGAAAUGCCAGAUCCAAGUCAACCACGCUAACUACACCACUCGCCUGCACCAGUGGACUUGUCUGCCAGACUCCAGUGAUGUGCGCCAGGCCAGACAUGCUUAUGACCUGCAGAGUGAUGCUGUGUACAAGGAGGAUCUGAGGAUGAUGCAGGGUAUUGGAUGGGUGCCUAUAGGCUCAAUAGAUGUUGAGAAGGCGAAGAAAGCGGGUGAGGUCCUGAGUGAAAUAAAGUAUCGUCAACACCCAAGCCAAUUUAAAUUCAAGGCCACCACUGAGGACAUGCCCCUGGUGCUGGCUAAGGCCAACGCUCAGGUCAUGAACAAGAAAGCUUAUGUGGAAGCUUGGGAUAAAGUGAAGUCUCAGAUCCACAUCAUGCCGGAUGCUAUGGAUGUUGUUCUGGCCAAGGCAAAUAACCUCAACUACAGCCUGAAACACUACAAGCAGGCACAUGAAGAUGCCAAGAAGAAGGGAUACGACCUUCGUGGUGACGCCAUUUCCAUUCUUGCUGCAAGGGCUACUAGGGACAUUGCUAGCGAUUACAAGUACAAGACCGGAUACCGCAAGCAGGUCGGCCACCACAUCGGUGCUCGCUGCGUCCAGGACGACCCUCUUCUUGUGCUGGCUCUGAACUCAGCCAAGAUUGCCAGUGAUGCUCUGUACAAGAAGGACUUCAACAAGUCCAAGACCAAGUUCAACCUGCCAGUUGACAUGCUUUCCUUUGAGCUGGCAAAGAAGAACCAGAUUCAGGUCAACCACGCUAACUACAUCACCCGUCUCCACAACUGGACCUGCCUGCCAGACUCCACUGAUGUGGUCCAGGCUAGAAAGGCCUACGACCUGCAGAGUGAUGCCGUCUACAAAGCUGACCUCAAGUGGCUCCAGGGCUUGGGCUGGGUACCCAUCGGUUCGGUUGAGGUGGAGAAAGUCAAGAAGGCUGGCGAAAUCCUGACCGACAUAAAGUACCGCCAGCAUCCCCACACUCUUCCCUUCACCAGCACCACAGAGGCAAUGAAUAUUGUGCUGGCAAAGAACAAUGCUGUGACCAUGAACAAGCGCCUCUACACUGAGCAAUGGGAGAAGGACAAGACCAAAGUGCACAUCCAACCUGACACUCCAGAGAUCACUCUCUCUCAGCAGAAUGCUAUCAAUAUGAGCAAGAAACUGUACAGGCAAGGAUAUGAAGCCACCAUCAAGAAGGGUUACUUCCUUCCAUCUGAUGCAGUUUCUGUCCUGGCUGCCAAGGCGUCCAGGGACAUCGUCAGUGACUACAAGUACAAGACCGGAUACCGCAAGCAGGUCGGCCAUCACAUCGGUGCUCGCUGCGUAGCGGAGGAUCCUCUGACCGUGCUGGCUAUGAACUCAGGCAAGAUUGCAAGUGAUGUUCUGUACAAGAAGGACUUCAACAAGUCCAAGACCAAGUUCCACCUUCCUGUGGACAUGCUGAGUCUUGAGUUGGCUAAGAAAUGCCAGAUCCAAGUCAACCACGCCAACUACAUCACCCGCCUGCACCAGUGGACUUGUCUGCCAGACUCCAGUGAUGUGCGCCAGGCCAGGAAGGCUUACGAUCUCCAGAGUGAUGCUGUGUACAAAGCUGACAUGGAUGAGGUCAUCGGUGUGGGAUGGGUCCCCAUAGGUUCAGUUGAUGUGGUUAAAGCUAAGAACGCUUCAAACAUCCUCAGUGAACGUCGCUACAGGCAGAAACCAGAAACAUUCAAAUUCAAAACCGACAUGAGCGCCAUGCCCAUGGUGUUGGCUAAAACAAACGCAGAGACCAUCAACAAGAGAAACUACAUCGCUGCCUGGGAGGCCGACAAAAUUAAGACUCAUGUGACCCCCGACCUUCCUGAGAUUCUGCUUUCUAAAGCUAAUGCCUACAACAUCAGCAAGAAACUGUACAGGGAAGCUGUGGAAGAGAUGUUCAGGAAGGGAUACGACAUGAAGGCUGACUCUGUCUCUAUCAAAGCUGCCAAACAUGGAAGAGAAAUCAUCAGUGAUUACAAAUACAAGACCGGAUACCGCAAGCAGGUCGGCCACCACAUCGGUGCUCGCUGCGUGGCGGAUGACCCUCUGAUGGUGCUGGCUCUGAACUCUGCCAAGAUUGCCAGUGAUGCUCUGUACAAGAAGGACUUCAACAAGUCCAAGACCAAGUUCAACCUCCCAGUUGAUAUGUUGAAUCUUGAGCUGGCCAAGAAAUGCCAGAUCCAGGUCAACGAUUUCAACUACAGAACUCAUCUGCACAACUGGACCUGCUUGCCUGACUCAAACGACGUGGUCCAGGCCAGGAAGGCAUACGACCUGCAGAGUGAUGCUGUUUACAAAGCUGACAUGGAAUGGAUCAAGGGAAUGGGCUGGGUGCCAAUUGGUUCGGUUGAGGUGGAGAAAGCCAAGAAAGCAGCAGCGAUCCUGAGUGACAUUAAGUACCGCCAGCAUCCCAGCCAGUUCAAAUUCACUGCCCAGACAGUGGACAUGCCAUAUGCCCUGGCUCAGGCCAAUGCCCAAGUCAUGGACAAGAAAGCAUAUAUUUCUGCCUGGGAGGCGGAUAAGAUCAACAUUCACGUCAUGCCUGACACACCAGAGAUCGUCCUGGCCCAGCAGAAUAAACUCAACACCAGUCUGAAAUAUUAUCGUGAAGGCUAUAUGGAAACCAUCAACAAAGGAUACUUCCUUCCCAAAGAUGCUGUCUCUGUUCUGGCAGCAAAGGCAUCAAGAGACAUCGUCAGUGAUUACAAAUACAAGGCUGGUUACCGCAAGCAGUGUGGACAUCACAUCGGGGCUCUUAGUGUCAAUGAUGACCCAUUGAUUAUGUUGGCCGCUAAUGCAGCCAAGAUCUCCAGUGACAACAUUUAUAAAGCGGACUACCACAAGAACAAGACCAAGUACAACCUGCCAGGAGACAUGGUGACCAUUGAACUCGCCAAGAGAUGCCAGCAGCAAGUGAACGACUUCAACUACAGAACACAUCUGCACCAGUGGACCUGCCUGCCAGACUCCAGCGAUGUGGUCCAGGCCAGAAAGGUGUACGACUUACAGAGCAAUGCCGUAUACAGAGCUGAUCUGGAGUGGCUGAGGGGAUGCGGCUGGUCUCCUCAUGAGUCUGUGGAUGUCGUGAAAGCUAAAAAUGCUCAGAACAUUCUCAAUGAAAGGCUGUACCGCCAGCCUCCAAGCAGCCAGAAAUUCACCAGUGUUGUCGACCUCCCGGCUAUUGUCUUGUCCAAGCAGAACGCUGACAACAUCAGUGAGAGGAAAUAUAGGGAAGUUUGGGAUAAAGACAAGCUCAGCAUCCAUAUGCCACCUGACGCCCCGGCCUUCGUACUGUCCAAGGCUAACGCUAUCAGCAUCAGCAAUAAACUGUACACAAAGUCAUGGGAUGAUCAGAAGGCUAAAGGCUACCAAGUCAAGGAGGAUGCCAUCUCUGUGCUGAAGGCUAGAGCAUCCAGAGAUAUCAUCAGUGAUUACAAGUACAAAACCGGAUAUCGCAAGCAGGUCGGCCAUCACAUCGGUGCUCGCUGCGUGGAGGAGGAUCCUCUGAUCAUGCUGGCUAUGAACUCAGGCAAGAUCGCCAGUGAUGUUCUGUACAAGAAGGACUUCAACAAGUCCAAGACCAAGUUCAACCUCCCAGUUGAUAUGUUGAAUCUUGAGCUGGCCAAGAAAUGCCAGAUCCAGGUCAACGAUUUCAACUACAGGACUCAUCUGCACCAGUGGACCUGCCUGCCUGACUCCACCGAUGUGGUCCAGGCCAGGAAGGCAUACGACCUGCAGAGUGAUGCUGUGUACAAAGCUGAUAUGGAGUGGCUGCGUGGAUGUGGAUGGAUGCCACAUGAGUGUGUUGAUGUCAUGAAGGUGAAGAUGGCACAGAAGGCCCUGGCUGAAAGAGGAUACCGUGUCAAGCUGGACGAGCAGAAAUUCAUCGUUCCAACUGACAGAGUCGACAUGAUCUGUGCCAAGAAUGCUGCUGAUGUCCUCAACGAGGCCAAAUAUCGUGAAGCCUGGCACAAGGACAAGACCAAGUACACAAUGCUGGACACUCCAACUCUCGCCACAGCCAGAGAGGUGGCUAAGAACGUUCACCCGCAUCUGUACACCAAAGACUGGGACAAGGUCAAAGCAACAGGCUACUUCAUGCCUAAAGAUGCCGUACCAAUCAAGCAGUGCAUCUCUAACUCUAAAGUACAGAGUCAGCACAAGUACCUUGAGAGCUACCGUAAGCAGGUCGGCCACCACAUCGGUGCUCGCUGCGUCCAGGACGAUCCUCUGAUGAUGCUGGCUGUGAACUCCGCCAAGAUCGCCAGUGAUGCUCUGUACAAGAAGGACUUCAACCAGUCCAAGACCAAGUUCAACCUGCCCGUUGACAUGCUGCAGUUUGAACUGGCCAAGAAAUGCCAAAAGCAGGUCAAUGACGACAACUACAGAACCCGCCUGCACCAGUGGACCUGCCUGCCAGACCACAAUGAUGUGGUCCAGGCCCGCAAGAUGUAUGACCUGCAGAGUGACGUUCUUUACAAAGCAGAUCUGGAAUGGAUCCGGGGCUGCGGCUGGGUGGCAGCUGACUCCGUUGACCACGUGAAAGUCAGGAAGGCCCAGGAGAUUAUGAACGAAAGGCUCUACAAGAAGAACGCCACAGAAUGCUUUGGAAAAUUCACCCUGAUUGUGGACCGCCCUGAGAUUGUCCUUGCCAAGCUGAACGCUGCCAACCUCAGUGAUCUCAAGUAUAAAGAGACAUUCAACCUAGAGAAGGGUAUCUACAUCGGUUCAGAGGACACUCCUCAGCUGGCCCACAGCAGGGAGGUUAAUAAGAUCAUCAGUGAGAAACUCUACAAACAAAACUGGGACGAAUCAAAGGCUACAGGCUACAAGCUGGACCAUGAAUACAUCCCACUCCUCAGCGGCAAGAAGGGCAGGGAGAUCGCUAGUGAUGUGAAGUACAAGGAUCUGCAUGAGAAGACCAAGGGUCACUACAUGGCUUCAACGCUGGUGGACUUCCCUGAGGUGAUGCGCCUUGGAGACCAGGAGAAGAACAAGGGACUGAGGCUCUACCAGAAGGACUACCACAUUAGCAAGACCAAGACCCACCUCCCACCUGACGUCAUCGCCAACAAGGUGGCCAAGCGUUGUCAGGACAUGCUGAGUGAUGUCCUCUACCGUACCUACCUGCACCAGUGGACCUGCCAUCCCGAGCAGGAGGACGCCAUCCGUGCCCGCAAGACUAAUGAGAUCCUCAGUGAUGUGUUCUACAAGGAAGACCUGAACUGGAUGAGGGGUAUCGGCUGCUUCGUCUGGGACACCCCUGAGAUUGUCCGUGCCAAGAAGUCCUACGAGCUGCAGAGUGAUCUGAAAUACAGAGAGGAGGCCAAGAAAGAAUUCAACAAUUACUCCAUCGUGACAGACACUCCAGCAUAUGUGACUGCUGUCCUCGGUCACACCUGGGCCAGUGAUCUCAACUACAGGGAGGCUUACCAUAAGGAGAAGCACCUGUACACCACCGUCCUGGAUACCUACGACUACGCCAAAUGCCAUAACUUCAAGCACUUCUUCAGCAACAAAAACUACACUGCUGCUUGGGACAAAGUCAAAGCCAAGGGCUACACAGUGUCACAUGACUCACACGCUCUGCAGCACGCCAAACAGCAGAAGGUCAUCCUGAGCGGCGUGAAGUACAAGGAGGAUUAUGAGAAGUUCAAAUCCCUCUACAGUCUGCCCAAGUCUCUGGAGGAUGAUCCCGGCACUGCUCGCUGUGUCAAAGCUGGAAAGCUGGUCCUGGAUCGUCUGUACAAAGAGGACUAUGAGAAGAACAAGGCCAAGAACCACAUCCCACCAGACAUGCUGGAGAUCCUGUCUGCCCGCAACACCCAGUCCACCGUCAGCGGGAUCCACUACCGCAAGUAUCUGCACCAGUGGAUAUGCCUCCCUGACAUGCAGGUGUACGUCCAAGCACGCAAGGUCAACGAGCAGCUCAGUGACAUCUUCUACAAGGAUGACCUGAACUGGCUGAAGGGUAUCGGCUGCUACGCCUGGGAUACACCUGAGAUCCUCCGUGUGAAGAAUGCUGAUAAUCUUCAGAGCGUGAACAAAUACAAAGCCAAGGGUAUUGAAGCUUUCAAGGACUAUUCAGUGGUGACGGACACUCCGGUGUACGAGACAGCCAAGCAGAACGCUCAGAACCUGAGUGAUCUUCACUACCGCUACGACUACAACGCCAAUAUCAAGGGAACCAACACGUCUCCUGCCGUCACCAUCGAGACCGAAAGGGCUCGUCUGGCUAACUACAUCCAGAGCGACAACUGGUACAAGGGGGCCAACAAGAGCGCCAUGCCCACUGGUUACUCCCUGCCCAAAGACACCCCGCUCAUCAAGCAGGCUAAGCUGAACAGCGUCGUCACCAGCAAUGUGAAGUACAAGGAGGCCUAUGAGAUGACGAAGGCUAAGACCUACACUCUCCAUCCUGAGGGCGUCAACUUCAUCACCGCAAGGAAGGCUCACAAGAUCGUCAAUGACCGUCUGUAUCGCGAGGACUACCACAAGCAGAAGGACAAGAUCCACACAACCUACCACACCCCUGACAUCAAACAAGUCAAGAUGAACCAGCAGAACCUCAGCGACUUGUUCUACAGAGAGAAGUACUACAACAGCAGAGGCCAGCUGAUCUCCAUGCCUAUCACACCCCAGCUGAUGCACUGCCGCCACGUCAAUGAGAUCACCAGCGAGCUGAAAUACAAAGAGGAUCUGGCCUGGCUGAGAGGUCUCGGCUGCUUCAUGUACGACACUCCUGAGAUGGUCACCGUCCGCAACAUCACCAAAUUCAGGUUGAACUAUCCCGUUGAUGCGAAGAAGAACUUUGCCAACUUCUCUGUGGUCCUGGACACACCAGAGUACAAACGUGUGACUGAGCUGAAGACCCACAUGAGCAACUGGAUCUACAAAGCUCAGGGUAAGGAGGAGAUGUCUAAGGUCACCACCACUGUCGACUCUGUGGACAUCAAGAGAGCCAAAUGGGCCCAGCAGCUGACCAACAUUUUCCAGUACAAAGACAUGGCAACAAAGGAGAGAGCUCAUUACACACAAGAGCCUGAAACUCCAGUCAUGGGCCACACCAGAAAGAUGAAAGUGAUCCAGAGUGAAAACAAAUACAAAGAGCAGUAUGAGAAGAUGAAGCACAGAUACACCGCCAUUGCUGAUACACCUAACUUGAUCCGUGCCAAGAAAUCCUACCUCCAGUCCAGCGAUCUGCGUUACAAAGAGACCUUUGAGCUCUCCAAGGGCCACUACCACACAGUCAAGGAUGCUCUGGACAUCACCUACCACCGCAGAGUCACUGACGACAUCAGCGAGGUCAAAUACAGGGAGAAGUACAUCAACUCUCUCGGCACAUGGAAGUCCAUCCCUGACCGUCCCGAGUUCUUCUUCAGCAAGAUUGCCAACGAAAACGUCAGCAGUAUCAAGUACAAGGAGGACCUGGAAUGGCUAAGGGGAAUCGGCUGCUUUGUGUGGGAUACACCUGAGCUGGUGACAGCUGAGAAGAACAAGACGCUGUACAGCGAGAGACUCUACAGAUCUUCCUUUGAGAAGAACAGAGGCAACUUCAAGUACACCUGCGACUCUCCGUUCUUUGAGGCUGCCAAGAACGCCUCCAACCUCAUCAACGACAGGUUCUACAGAGCUAAUUAUGAGAAGACCAAGGAUAAGUUCACCAUUACUACAGAAGAUCCUAGGUACCUGCUGGCCAGGGAGAACAGUAAACUGAGCCAGUGGAGGUACAGGGAGCAGUAUGAACGUGCCAAGGACAAGUUCACCUCUGUUCUGGAGACUCCUGAGUAUGAGGUCCACAAGAAGAGCAAGAAGAUCAGCGAUAUCAUCUACAAGAUGGAGUACAACAAGACCAAGGCUAAGGGCUACACCCUGCCUUAUGACACUCCACACCAGAACCACAUGAAGAAGGUCAAGGAGAUCACCAGCAAUCUGAAGUACAGAGAAGUUUAUGAGAAGAGCAAGGCCCAGAUCAACAUAGACCCUGAGGCUCAUGAGAUCCGUGCUGCCAAGGAGGCCUACAAAAACAUCAGCAACCUUGACUACAAGAAGAAGUAUGAAGCCACCAAGAACAAGUGGAUGUGGACCACAGACAGACCCGACUUCCUGAAUGCCGCAAAGAACACCCUGCAACAGAGUGAUGUUGAGUACAAGUAUGACAAAGAGAUGAUGAAGGGCUGUGUGAUCCCUAUUGUUGAUGACAAGUUCACCGUCUUGGCUACGAAGAAUCAUGAAAUGGCCAGCACAGUCAAGUACAAAGAGAAGUAUGAAAAGGAAAAGGGCCACUACAUCCCGGUCAACGACACUCCUCAGAUCAUCCACGCUAAGGCUGUGCGCAUUCUGGCAUCAGAGAGCAAAUACAAGGAGGCCAGCAAGAAGGAAAUGCAGUCCGGUGGCUUCACCACCCUGUCCGAGACUCGUGACACCGCCCACAGCAAGCAGAUCAACAAGCUCAUCAGCGGGAAACUGUACAAGGCCAAGUUUGAGAAGGAGAAGGGCAAGUCCAUUUAUAACCAGAUGACUGUUCCACCUGAUGUUCAGCACGCCAUCGAUGUGGCCAAGUGUCAGAGCAACCUUACCUACAAGAAGGAUGCCAAAGCCAACCUGUCCUACACUUCAGUGGCUGACCGCCCUGACAUAAGGAAGGCGACCCAGGCUGCCAAACUGAUCAGUGAGGUUGGCUACCGUGAGAAGGCCCGUGAGGCAGCGAGCCGUGGAGGCUCUCUGUUGUACCGCCCAGAUAUCGCUCUGGCCACAGAGGUGUCCAAGCUGAACAGCCAGGUGGAGGCCAAGCCCUCCUUCCAUGGAGCAGCUACCUAUGAUACCCCCCAGAUGCGCCACAUUAAGAAAAUGAGUGCCGUGACUAGUGAUUUGAAGUACAAGGAGAAGUUUGACAAGGAGGUGAAGGGAAAGAAACCCAAAUAUGACCUGAAGGACAGUAAGAUUUACCAGACCUUGAAGGAUGCCAACGUGCUUGCUAGUGAGGUGAAAUACAAGGGUGACCUGAAGAAGAUCCACAAGCCUGUGACCGACAUGGCCGAGUCUCUGUCCAUGCAGCACAACCUGAGCACCAGCAAACUGUCCAGCCAGGUGAAAUAUAAGGAGAAGUAUGAGAAGGAGAAGGGCAAAGCCAUGCUGGACUUUGAGACACCCACGUAUGUGACCGCUAAGGAGGCCCAGCACAUGCAGAGCCAGAAAGACUAUAAGAAGGACUUUGAGGAGAACAUGAGGGGCAAGAACCUCUCAGGCUUGGAGGUCACCCCUGCCAUGAUUCAUGUCAGACACGCCACCAAAAUAGCCAGCGAGAGAGAGUACAGGAGGGAUCUAGAAGAGGGGGUGAAGGGUAAAGGGCUCACUGUACUGGAGGAAACUCCCGAGCUUUUGAGGGCAAAGAAUGCAACUCAUAUCCUGAGUGAGAGAGAGUACAAGAAGGCACUGGAGUUGGAGAUUAAGGGCAAGGGAAUGUUGGCUUUGGCUACAGACACCCCAGACUUCAUGAGGGCCAGAAACGCUACUGACAUCCUCAGUCAGGCUAAGUACAAGCACACCGCUGAGAUGGACAGGGCCAGCUACACCUCCGUCAUCGACACACCUGACAUCAUCCAUGCUCAGCAGAUGAGGAACAUUGUCAGCCAGAAAAAGUACAGAGAGGAAGCAGAGAAGACCAUGUCUCACUAUGUGCCGGUGCUCGACACUCCGGAGAUGAUGAGAGUCCGUGAGAACCAGAAGAACUUCAGCACUAAUCUUUACCAGAUUGACCUUAAAAACAUAAAGGGCAAAGUGUCUUCUGUACAGGACACUCCUGAAAUCCUACGUGUUAAAGAGAGUUCAAAGAAUAUCAGCUUGAUUCAGUACAAAGAGGAUUUGGGUGGAGGAACAGCAAUGCCGAAGACUCCUGAGAUGGAGAGAGUUAAAUGCAACCAGAAGAACAUUAGCACGCUUCAAUACAAGGACUCUGUGGGUCAAGGCACAGCCAUACCAGACCCCCCUGAGGUGAAGCGGGUCCGAGAAACCCAGAAGAAUAUCAGCUUGAAUCAAUACAAGGCAGAAGUGGGACAAGGCACGUCCAUAUCAGAGACCCCUGAGAUGGAGAGAGUUAAACGCAACCAGCAGAAUAUAAGCACGCUUCAGUACAAGGACUCUGUGGGUCAAGGCACAACCAUACCAGACCCCCCUGAGGUGAAGCGGGUCCGAGAAACCCAGAAGAAUAUCAGCUUGAAUCAAUACAAGGCAGAAGUGGGACAAGGCACGUCCAUAUCAGAGACCCCUGAGAUGGAGAGAGUUAAACGCAACCAGCAGAAUAUUAGCACGGUACUCCACAGAGCAGGAGUGGGACAAGGCACGUCAGUAUCAGAGACCCCCGAGAUGGAGCGUGUUAAACGCAAUCAGCUCAAUAUUAGCACGAUAAAAUACAAGGACUCUCCGGCUCGAAGCACAGCCAUAUCGGACCUUCCUGAGGUGCAGAGGGUCAAACAAACCCAGAGGCACAUCAGCUCGGUGUUGUAUAAAGACAGUUCAGCCAAGGGAACCCCCGUGGUGUAUACUCCUGAGAUGGAGCGGGUCAAAAGGAAUCAAGAAAACAUUAGCUCGGUGCUGUACUCCGACAGCUUCCGUAAGCAGGUCCAGGGCAAGGCCGCCUUCAUCCUGGACACUCCUGAGAUGAGGCGCGUCAGGGAGACCCAGCGCAUCAUUUCUGGAGUGAGAUACCACGAGGACUUUGAGAAGAGCAAGGGCAGCUUCACUCCCACCGCCACUGACCCCGUGACCGAGCGCGUGAAGAAGAACACUCAGGACUUCAGCGACAUCAACUACCGCGGCAUCCAGAGACGCGUGGUGGAGAUGGAGAGGAGGCGUGCCAUCGAGCAUGACCAGGAAACCAUCACCGAUCUGCGUGUGUGGCGCACAAACCCCGGCUCUGUGUUUGACUACGACCCUGCUGAGGACAACAUCCAGUCCAGGAGUCUGCACAUGAUGUCAGUCCAAGCUCAGCGUCGCAGCAAGGAGCACUCCCGCUCCACCAGCGCCCUGAGUGGUCUGGGUGAUGAGAAGUCUGAGGUGUCCCAGGACGCUGACCACCACAUGUCCCUCUACAGCAACGGCUUCAUGGCCUCCUCUAUUGGCUACCAGCAAGCUAAGACUGUGGAGCUGCAGCAGAGGUCUUCAUCAGUGGCCACCCAGCAGACCACCGUGUCCUCCGUCCCCUCACACCCCUCUACCACCGGAAAAACCGUGCGCGCCAUGUACGACUACGCAGCCGCCGACAACGACGAAGUCUCCUUCAAAGACGGCGACGUCAUCGUCAACGUGCAGGCCAUCGACGAGGGCUGGAUGUACGGCACCGUGCAGCGCACCGGCAAGACCGGCAUGCUGCCCGCCAACUACGUUGAAGCAGUCUAAAGAGAAAGCCCGCCCAUCGUCCCUCCAGAGUGGGCGAGACACAUCCAUGGAGCAAAGCGAUAGAUCUCCUGUGAUCACAACUGUGGCUUAGUGCAAUGUGUAGCUCUUGUUAGCUCUGUCUGUUUUUGAAUUGUGUUUUUUUUUUUCUUGUUUGGUCUGUUCUCAUUCAUAUGCUGCUGCUCCUGUUGUCUGUGGAUGUGACAUAAGCAUCAUGAUGUGACUCAUAUAAAUCCUUCUGAUGAUACGUACUACAAAGGACAGACUUUUUAUAUGGUUUAAAGACGCUACCUAAGGAAAAAGGAAGACUCACCUAGACACGUCCUGGUCCAUUAAUGUGUAAAUUAAAAGAAUACUUCCAUAUAUAUAUAAAUAUAAACAUUUAUUGUCUGAAGUCUCAAAACAGAGCCAGCUCACGUAGUUGUAGCUUCAAAUGAUGGAUCUACAGGGAGAGAAAGAAAUGAUGAAACAUAUAAAGGAGUUAGGCACCACCUACCUCCUCCACGAUGAAACCGCUCCUGAAGAGUCGUACCAGACGGGCCUCAGUCUUCCCUCCUUGACACUGAAGGCCUGUCACUAAUAUAAAGUGUGUGUUUUUUUGUCUUCGGAUUACGUAGGUCCUGGAGUGAAGCACGUCCUCUACCUUUAAUCAGUAGCUAAUAAAGCACACCAAGCUCCUGCA